AUGAGUAGCAAACAGCAGCCAAAAAUACUACUCAAAUCUCGUCCCACGGACGAUUCGACUGCUGGACCAUCAACUGCACCUGCAAGUAGAAGAACACCAACAAUUUUGGCGAAUGCCACACCUCAAAUCGCCGGAUCGUCUAGGAGUGCCGAUUCCAGGCACAGCGCAGCGUCGAAAUGUCUUCCCGCUCCAGCUGCUCCCGAUCCGUACAGUUAUACGCCUAUGGAAGGAUCGUUGGUGCUGUUAAAAAAUCAUAAUGCGAUUAACUAUCGGACGCUCGAUUUUUUGCACGAAACCAAUCAAGAUUACGUUGUCAUUGGAACAAUCGGCAUGCCCGGUGUGGGAAAGUCUACGGUUCUGAAUCUGCUCAACACCAACCUUUACUCGCCCGACCAAAGUGACAAAAAGACGGAAACGAUUUUUCCCGUACAUAGUGCAAUCAAUAUUGCUGGAGAGAAUGAAGUUCGAAUGCACAUCACCGAAGAUCGUUUAAUUCUGUUGGAUUGCUGUGAGCCAGUAUUUGCGCACGCCAGGAAAGAUUUCAUCCAACAGGAACAGGAUGAGCUGAGGAAGAUGAUGAUUUUGCUACGGAUUUGUCAUGUCAUUUUUGUCGUACAGGAAGAGUACUACAACAUCCGUCUAAUGCGGACGCUUAUGUGGGCAGAAAUGAUGACCCAGGUACACUCAGAGCUGCCGACCAAGCUGGUAUUCAUCCGGAAUAAGGUGAUUUCACACAGUGAAAAUCAUAAUGCCCGGGAAAGGGUGAUCAAUUUGUAUCGACAAAUGUUUCUCAACACACCGUCGUUUUCGGUAACCAGCACCAGCUUCGGUGGUGAUUCCGGUGCACAGGAGGAGGAAAUUUUCAACUACAUCGAAUUUCCCGUAUUACAAAAAGGCGAUUCCGUUGUCAUUACGGAACAUUCAAAAGAAACCAUACUGCUGCUGCGUCAAAUUGUGUACGCUGGACGGGAUACGAUAAUGGCACACAACUGUUCCGAAAAGGCAUGGGGACAGGCGUUGGUGAAGCUUAUCGAUUGCCCGGAGAGCAACUUUUUCAUCGACAAGUAUGAAAAGUUGAAAGAAAAGUACAACCUGCACAAUCAUGUUAAAAUUGUGGAACAUUCCUACCGCGAUCCAACGGGGUUACAUUUUGUGGAGUGA